AUGCAAUUUCUCCUUCUUGGAAUGUCCCUGGUUGGGCUCUCGUUGGCAGCGGAUCUGGAGAAGCGCGGUGGCGGUGGAGGUUCGGCUUUCGAUAUCUAUGAGAUUGUCAACGAUGACCUUUCCCGUAUCACUCUUCUCGUCCUCGGCUGCAUGGCCGCGUUCAUCUAUGCCUGGAAGAUGUGGUUUCGCAUCUCCGCUCAUCUCAGACGGCUGGCAAGCUUCAACAACGAACAGCAACGGUACUUCGUUCCUGCCGAUGGGACCUUCGCAAAAGUCAAGAACCACAUCAUCUACGCUCCGCUGUUUCGUAACAGGCACAAUCGUGAAUUCCAGCUGUCUUCGGCCAUCAACAUGGGCACUCUGCCCAGUCGGUUCCACGCCUUCAUCGUAGUGGGAAUCAUCGUUAUGAACGUGGUUCUUUGCGUGGUCACCGUUCCCUACAAGACCAAGGAGGACACAGUCGCAGGCGUCAUCCGUAACCGGACCGGUACUAUGGCGACGGUCAACCUGAUUCCGCUCAUCCUCUUGGCGGGACGAAACAACCCACUCAUCAAGCUUUUGGAGGUUCCGUACGAUACAUUCAACCUGAUCCACCGCUGGCUCGCUCGGAUCGUGGUCUUCGAAACUCUUGCUCAUGUGUUUGCCUGGGCUAUUCCCAAGGCCCAGAAAAUUGGCUGGGGCGUUGUAGGAGCGAUCUUUGGGGAGAGCACCUUUAUUCUGACUGGAUUGAUUGCUGCCUGUGCGUUCGUCGGGCUCAUGGUUCAUUCGCCCUCUCCGAUUCGACAUGCAUUCUAUGAAACCUUCCUUCAUCUGCAUAUUGCCAUGGCUAUCGUUUCGAUGGCUGGCCUUUGGAUUCACUUGAACGGCUUUCCGGCUCAGACUUACUUGCUCGUCGCCAUCAUCUUCUGGGGUCUGGAGCGCGCCACACGAGUUGCGAUUAUUGUGUAUCGCAACUGCGGAAGAAAGGCGACAACCGCGUUGGUUGAAGCCAUGCCAGGCGAAGCGAUGAGAAUCACCCUGAAGAUGGCAAGGCCCUGGACGUUCAAGCCCGGCCAGCACAUCUACCUCUACAUGCCCUCAAUCGGUUUGUGGACCUCGCAUCCAUUCUCUGUCGGCUGGAGUGAGUCGGAGGAAGUCGUCACGGAUGAGAAGGGUAUGCCGAUGACACGCCAGGAUGUGUUCGGCUUGCAGAGGACAACCAUCUCGCUGCUUGUCCGGCGCCGAACUGGUUUCACGAACAAGUUGUACCAACGCGCUUUGAGCGCUCCCGACUCGCGCAUCACUCUGAAGGCGUUCGCCGAGGGACCGUACGGAGGCAUCCACACCAUGGACUCCUACGGCACAGUCGUCCUGUUCGCCGGUGGUGUCGGCAUCACCCAUCAGGUCCCAUUCGUGCGCCACCUAGUCAAGGGGUAUGCGGAGGGCACCGUUGCUGCACGACGAGUCACUCUGGUCUGGAUCAUCCAGUCCCCCGAACACCUUGAAUGGAUCCGCCCCUGGAUGACCAGCAUCCUGGCCAUGGAUCGGCGCCGGGAAGUCCUUCGGAUCAUGCUGUUCAUCACCAGACCCCGUAACACCAAGGAGAUCCAGAGCCCGAGCGCCACAGUCCAGAUGUUCCCAGGCCGACCGAACAUCGAUACCCUGAUCGGCAUGGAGGUCGAAAAUCAGAUCGGAGCCAUGGGCGUGCUUGUCUGCGGAAACGGCAGCUUGAGUGACGAUGUCCGUCGCGUGUGCCGUAAAAGACAGGACCAGACGAAUGUCGAUUUUGUGGAAGAGAGCUUUACGUGGUAG